AUGGGAAACACCGUGACCUGUUGCGUGUCGCCGGACGCCAGCCCGAAAGCGGGGCGGGACCGUAGAGUAGCAGAGAGAGGGGAGCCCUACCAGACGCAAGUUGAGCUGCAGGAAACCGACCCAGGACCUCAUUUACAGCACAUUAGCGACCGCGAUUUCCCGAGUGAUUUCAACGAUGAGUGCAACCCAUCUGACCAUCCACAAGCAAGCACAAUAUUCCUUAGCAAAUCCCAAACUGAUGUGAGAGAAAAGAGGAAGAGUAAUCACAUAAAUCAUGUAUCUCCUGGGCAGCUUACAAAGAAGUACAGCUCCUGCUCCACAAUAUUUCUAGAUGACAGCACAGUCAGUCAGCCUAAUCUCAGAAGCACAAUUAAAUGUGUUACCUUAGCAAUAUACUACCAUAUUAAGAACAGAGAUUCUGAUAGAUCCUUGGACAUAUUCGAUGAAAAGUUGCAUCCCUUAACAGAUGCGGCAUCCGUGACCCCUAUUUUAAAAGCUGGAAAGAUGCAGAAAAGGAAGCGUGAAGAGGUGACUGAUGACUAUUGUAAACAUGAUCCAGAUCAUAAGCACAUCUACCGAUUUGUGAGGACUCUCUUCAGUGCUGCACAGCUGACAGCCGAGUGUGCGAUUGUUACUUUAGUUUACCUGGAAAGGCUUCUAACCUACGCUGAAAUUGACAUUUGCCCCAGUAACUGGAAGCGAAUUGUUUUGGGAGCCAUUCUUCUUGCUUCGAAAGUUUGGGAUGAUCAAGCUGUGUGGAAUGUUGAUUACUGCCAGAUCUUGAAGGAUAUCACUGUUGAAGAUAUGAAUGAGAUGGAGAGGCAUUUCCUGGAGCUCCUGCAGUUCAACAUUAACGUUCCCGCCAGUGUGUAUGCCAAAUAUUAUUUUGACCUUCGUUCUCUAGCAGAUGAUAACAACCUUAGUUUUCUGCUGGAACCCCUCAGCAAGGAAAGGGCACAGAAACUAGAGGCUAUCUCCAGACUGUGUGAGGAUAAAUACAAAGAUCUAUCCAAGGCUGCCAUGAGGAGGUCAAUCAGUGCCGAUAACCUAGUGGGCAUUCGGCGCUCUAAUGCCAUUAUCUCCUGAGGCACUAUGAACAGGAGCCAGGCGCAGCUAAGAUCCAAAUGGUGUGCCGUGUGGAUAUUCACAAACCACCAAUUUCCCCACACACUCUUCUACACACUACUGCAAGCCGGCUGUGACUUUGUCUUCCAGCAACGAGGGCUGUGGGAGGAAACAGGCACCCAAUAUAUGGAAGCACGAAUGUAGUAAGGCCUUCCUCAGGAUUAAGGAGCACACACUAUGAGAACAUUGAGGAGGGUCUGUUUUAAGCAGCACAGUCUUCUUAUUAAAUGUGUAACCACUGGUGCAUCAGCAGCGUGGGGAAAUGAUUUCUUUCCACCACCCUCUACCAUUUGUUUGCUUACUGUGUAGGCCUAUAGCUGUGAACUGAGACUUUUUAACAUUAUGUAGUAUACGAUUUUAGAAUCUUUAAAACACUAAUCAUGUGAGUAUAGUUACAAUUUAUUGCCUUCUCUUAUCUUUCCCCUUGUUUUACUAUUUGAUUUUUUUUUUUUUUUUUAUUCCGGCAAAUGCUCCAAAGUGUUAACAUUGACCUUACCUAGCAGGGCAUAGCCAUGUUGGAGCAAAUGAAGUUGAAACAAGUCCUCUGAGUCCAAACCAGCUGAGUUUGUUUUUAUAGAAGUUCUGGAGUCAUGGAAUAUUCACUUGUCCUCAGUCUUCAUGGAACAAGGUGUCUGUUUGUAAUGGAAUGUGUGUUUUUAUUUUCUAUUUUAAAUAUGGCCGGGAACAGCCUGUAUCUCUGUCAUUAUUGGUGCUCCCAAUUAAUAUAUGCAUUUUAAGGCUGUUAAGGCACUAUAUGAUGAAUUAUGAUUUUUGCUGCCCUGUGUGUUCUGCACACUACAUAGCAUGGGAAGCUGAGAUGGAUUCUAGUAUUGUUUGCAAAGUUGCUGCUCUGAAAGUCUCUAGUUGUCAUCUCUGUGUUACUAGAGGUGUCGGCAUUAUAGAAUACCUUUUUUUAUCUCCUAAUUCUCUGUAUAAGCAGAUAUCAUUUCUAGCUAUCUGCCUAACUUAACGUUUUAGCUACAGCCGGGAGAUUGAUUUUUCAGAACCACUUUAAAUUACUGUAAAAGAGCAAACUGAAAUUCUUGAAAGACCCUGAAACAUUGACCCGACAUUGAAACACUGCAGUUUCCCUAUCAAUAAAAGUGUUAUGUUGCCAAGAGGAGUCCUAAUAAUUUGAAAAAUGAAACCCCAAUAAAUCUACAGGUGCCAGAAAUAUAACCUUUAGCAGCAGCCGUCACCACCUGGGUACUAGUUCUGCUUCAAGAGUAACAACAGUAACGAUAAUUUAGAGGAUUUUGACCAUACAGCAAUUAGUAGCUUUAUGUGUGGGGAACAAAAUAUACGGAAUAGCCCCUCCCAGUGUAUGGCGGUAGCCUACAUGUGUGUGUGUCAUAACAUCUCCCAAGAUCUUUAUUCGGAGAAAGGUGGCUCUAGAAUUCUGUGAUGUUUACCUUCCGUGUUCGCUGCCACUGGAGCAGUGUAUAAAGAGUAACCUCAAACACGUCAUGCAGACACAAGCCUUCUCUUCAUUAUUAUAGGGCAGGCCUGAGAAUCCAGCUAGUUUUAUCCAAACUGAUACUGUGUUCAUCAAAUACCGUCCACCUGUUAUAAAGUGUCUGUCGGCUAUUGUGGGUGCAUGAGCGAUAACGUCCAAACGCUGGCCUCUCUCUUAACAACAGUAACGAUGGAAAAGCUGCUGGAGAAUUUCUCAUACCGUUUCUGUUUACCUUCCAUUAGUUGUUUGAGAAGCACCAUCUCCACGUCCUCCUAUGAAAAUGUUGUGGAAAAUACCUUGUUGAACAAUGACCCUACCUCAUAACCAUUUGAAACCCUUGCAAGUGUUGCUGAUAUUGUAAAAAAAAGGAUUGUACUGUUCUCUGUGUAUAGUGUAUUCUCUCUCUCUCUCUCUCUCUCUCUUUCUCUAGUGGCUCAAUAUGGUUCACAUCAACGAUGGUCAACUUGUAGCCUCUACAGCCAUCAGCUCUGUAUGGGACACUGCUGCUCCUCAUGUUGUACUUUAACUGUCCUCGCUCCACAUACAGUGCCUGAGGCUUCUAUCCACGGAACAGCUAAAGCCUCCAUUGCUGCUGAUGGCACAAUUGUCUAGUAAUUACCAAAAGUAAAUUCUUUUAUUAUUUAUAUUGUAACGGAACACUGUAACUUGCAAUUGUGUAGCAAUUCAUUAUGAAUGUUGGGGAUGCCCUUUGUUCAAGUUUUCCAUUGAGCCAAAUCAUUUAGAAUUCGACUGAACUGAAUGCAUUAUGUUAAAAAUGAACUCUUACUCUAAUGCAGGCAGUGCUGUUAUUAUUCCAUGACAUAAUCGAAAUAGCUUGCCGAUAUUUCAAUUCAUUGUUUCCCCAUCUUUUAUAUUGCACCAACAUUUGCAAAAAGAACGUUCUGAUUGAGGGCUCUUAAAUGUGAACUUUACCGCAGGGUGGCUUUUUUGUUUGUUCCCCCUGCAUCGGAGUGGACUGAGCCCAUUAUUCUUUGUGGCAGCUGUAGCCAAGGGAUGUACUGAAACUCCAACCACCAAUGGCAACAUUGCAGUGUUUCAUCUUGUGUGCAAAGGAUUGUGGGAGUACAAGAGCCAUGUAACCUAUUCAGAACAGUGGGGGUUCUACAAGUCUGUUGGCGGCAUUUCAUUCUGGAAUAAUCCAGUUGCAUGUAUUAUAAGAAAUAAGAUUUUUUUUAUUGAUUCAUACAUUUAAAUAUGGACUGUUUUAUGCAACAUGCUCCGUUCAUGGGAAUAGUUGUGCUGAGGGCCCAAGUACCGAAAUAAUAGAUACAAAAUAGUAACAGAACGGAAGAGCAUUUUCCGACUACUAAAUUCAGUGGCAUCGGAAACCAGAUCGCAUUUUAAAUGACAUGGUGGAGACAGGCCUCAUAUUUGAAAGAUGAAUUUAUCCUUUCCAUAUCAUGCGACACCUGACGGUGACUGUUUUAUAAUUGCCGCUACUCAAGUUUGAAUAUCAUUGAAAUCCAACCUAAUAGUUUGUGGAGAAGUAACAGAAAAAAACGUUAAAGAUACAUUUAUGCCCCACGAAAUCCUUCAUUUAAAAGGUUUUAGCAUCGGUUAGAAAAUAAUAGAUUUGAUGCUGUAGCCUAAUGCUGAAACUCACUGUAGUCUUUUACAGCAGUGUGACUUUUUUAUUUAGUAACAGCAGCAGCAGCGUGUUACACUACAAAUAUUAUCUGCUUUCACACACAAGCAAAUCUAGCUUUUAGUACUAACUAUGACUGUUCUAUCUUCAGAUGCCUAGAGAUUUAUUAUGUAAGAGGAGACAAAAAACCAAACAUCUUUUACCCCAUGAACAGCUGAAUGUUAACCAAAUGGAGCCAUAUUAGUGAAUACGAUUUUCCCAUUGAGAGAAAUAGAUACUGUGGAGCUAAGGAAAGAAGCAAUGCACAGGCGAAUGCAAGGUACACUCUCUUAGAUUUCUUAUUCACAUCAAAAAUGGCGCAGACAAGUCAUGAAAGAACUGGCCCGAUUGAUGUGGUUAUUUAGUUACAAAAGUGAUUCACCAGGGACACUUGGACCUUCCAAAAGCAGCCAUUUUGUUAUACAGUAGAAAAGGUGCCCAUAUAUUCUUCCUCAAGGUUUUUUCUAGUGAGAGAGAGAAGGGGAAAAAAUCGAACCUGCCAAGGCCAAAACCAAGCAACAGAACAGACAUGACACAAGGAUAACGUAUGGUUUACGUUUCGUAGCCGGCGUAGCUUUACAUUCUACCUUGUUUGUAACAAGGAGACAAAGAUACUUUGGGUUCCGAGGUUUCUCAGCUGCAAAUGAAACCACAGUUCUGUUUUACAGACUAAUGCGAAAAUAUUCAUUUGGUUUUUGCUUUGUCAUGUUUCUAUUAAAACGAAAAAGAUAAUAAACUCUAUUUUAAUUA